ACACACACAUUUUUCUGUAAACCCUAAGCCUCAGCAAACAUGCCGCCGAAAUUCGACCCAUCGCAAGUCGUCGACGUUUACGUCCGGGUAACCGGAGGUGAAGUCGGCGCGGCGUCAUCUCUGGCUCCCAAAAUCGGACCACUCGGUCUGUCCCCCAAAAAGAUCGGAGAAGACAUCGCCAAAGAGACCGCCAAGGACUGGAAGGGGCUGCGUGUGACGGUGAAGCUGACUGUUCAGAACCGUCAAGCGAAGGUGUCGGUGGUGCCGUCAGCGGCGGCGCUGGUGAUAAAGGCGUUGAAGGAACCGGAGAGGGACAGGAAAAAGGUGAAGAACAUUAAACACAGUGGGAAUAUAAGCCUGGAUGACGUCAUCGAGAUUGCUAAAGUGAUGAGGCCGAGAUCCAUGGCGAAGGAAUUGCAAGGGACAGUGAAGGAGAUAUUGGGGACGUGUGUGAGCGUUGGAUGCACCGUUGAUGGAAAAGACCCCAAGGAUCUCCAAGAAGAGAUUGCUAAUGGUGAUGUUGAAAUCCCUCUUGAUUGAAUUUGAGGUUGUUUUUGUCAUUAUCUUAUCUUUCCGUUUAUCUGUUGUUAUCUUUAUUUUUAAAUGAUUAUGAUAUAUGUAGAUAUAUCAUAUAUCUGUCUGUUUUUGAGACAUUUUGGUAAAAUUCUACUAUGUUUUAGUUAUGGAGUUUUAAUUAAUUAUGAUGCGUUUUCUA